GUCUGGGUGAAUCUUUUCCCUCACUGUCAUUGUUUUUCUACAGAUCGGUGUCAAAGAACCAUCAUGUCUAACGUGUCCUACCACAUCUCCAACCUGUUGGAGAAAAUGACCUCCACUGACAAAGACUUCAGGUUCAUGGCCACCAAUGACCUGAUGCUGGAGCUGCAGAAGGACAGCAUCAAACUGGACGAGGACAGUGAGAGGAGGGUGGUGGCCAUGCUGCUCAAACUGCUGGAGGACAAGAAUGGAGAAGUGCAGAACCUGGCAGUGAAAUGCCUGGCUCCUCUGGUGAGUAAGGUGAAGGAGCCUCAGGUGGAGGCCAUGGUGGAGUCUCUAUGCUCAAACAUGAUGUCGGACAAAGAGCAGCUCAGAGACAUUUCCAGCAUGGGGCUGAAGGCUGUGAUCACCGAGCUGCCGCUGUCUUCCUCAGGUUUGACUCUGACCGCCGGAGUUUGCAAGAAGAUCACUUCCCAGCUGAUCGGUGCUUUGGGGAAACAAGAAGAUGUGUCUCUGCAGUUAGAGGCUCUGGACAUCCUGUCAGACAUGCUGGGACGGCUCAGUGGUGCUCUGGUCAGUUUUCAUGGCUCCCUGCUGUCCAGUCUGCUGCCUCAGCUGACCAGCUCCAGGAUGGCGGUGAGGAAGCGCAGCAUCUUGGCUCUCGGUCACCUGGUGCCCUGCUGCAGCCCCGCCCUCUUUUCCCAGCUGACUGAACACCUGAUGACAGAGCUGGCCAAGGGCCCGCCCACUUCAGUGGCUAGAACAUACAUCCAGUGUUUGGCUACCAUCAGCCGGCAGGGGGGCCAUCGAGUUGGUGAGCAUUUAGAGAAGGUGAUCCCCAUGGUGGUGAAGUUCACCGGCGUGGAGGACGACGAGCUGCGAGAGCACUGCUUCCAGGCUUUUGAAGCCUUCAUUCGCAGAUGUCCGAAGGAAAUGUCCCCCCAUGUUGCCACGGUAACCCAGCUCUGCUUUAAGUUCAUGACCUAUGACCCCAACUACAACUACGAUGGCAGUGAAGAGGAGGAGGAAGACAGCAUGGACGUAGAAGAUGGAGCUGAUGAAGAAUCAGAUGACGAGUACAGCGACGACGACGACAUGAGCUGGAAGGUGCGGCGCUCUGCGGUCAAGUGUCUGGAGGCUCUGAUCGCCACACGCUUGGACCUGCUGGCGUCCUUCUACUCCACCGUCUGCCCCGCUCUGCUGGCGCGCUUCAAGGAGCGCGAGGAGAACGUCAGGGCGGACGUCUUUGCUGCUUUUUCCACGCUGCUGAGACAAAGUCGUGUGGGUUCAAGCCACCCAGGUCUCAUCGAGGCAGACGCCGUCCGGAGCGGGGUCAGGAAGGAGGAGCCGGUGGUCACCAUGCUGAAGAAACAGGUUCCUGGGAUCAUCAAAGCUCUGCACAGACAGCUGAAGGACAAGAGCAUCAAAUCCCGACAGGGCUGCUUCUGCCUGCUCUCUGAGCUGGCCCACACCGUACCUGGAGCUCUGGAGGAGCACGUCCCUGCUCUGAUUCCUGGUAUCCUCUUCUCCCUCACAGACAAAUCCGCCUCCUCCAACAUGAAGAUCGAUGCUCUCUCCUUUCUCCACGUUCUCCUCAUUUCCCAUCCUCCUCAAGCCUUUCAGCCUCACAUGCAGGUGCUGCUGCCCGCCGUCCUGGCAUGCGUGGAGGACACGUUCUAUAAGAUCACGUCGGAGGCUCUGCUGGUCACGCAGCAGCUGCUCAGGGUCAUGCGGCCGCAGGGACAGACGAGCGCGCCUGGAGGGUUUGAACCCAAACCCUUCAUCAGGGAGGUGUUUUCUGUAACGAUGAAGAGACUGAAGGCCACAGACAUCGACCAGGAAGUGAAGGAGCGAGCCAUUUCCUGCAUGGGUCACCUGGUGUGUCAUCUUGGUGACCACCUGGGGGCGGAGCUACAGGGAGUACUGGCGAUCUUUCUGGAGCGGUUAAAAAACGAGAUAACUCGACUGACAGCAGUGAGGACUCUCAGCCUCAUCGCUGCUUCCUCACUGAAGAUCGACCUGUCCUCCAUCCUGGAUGAGGCUCUGUCUGUUCUGGGGUCAUUCCUGCGGAAGAACCAGCGGGCUCUGAAGCUCAGCACGCUGGCGUGCCUCACCGCACUCGUCACCCAUCAUGCUGCCAGCAUCAAACCUGCAGCUCUGGAGGCCGUACUCAACGAACUGCCCCCCCUAGUGGAUGAGAGUGACAUGCACACAUCACAGGUGUCCAUCACCCUCAUGACCUGCAUGGCCAGAGCCUGUCCUUCCUCUCUGGCUAAAAUUAGCUCGUCGGUACUUCCAGGAAUCUUCAAACUCAUCCACUCUCCUCUGCUUCAAGGCGGGGCUCUGGCUGCCAUCUUGGACUUCCUUCAGGCUCUGGUGCUCUCUAAGGCCAGCAGCUUGGGCUACAGCCAGCUGAUGAAGGCUCUCAUGGAGCCGUUCCAGAGUCCUCCCUCAGACAGCAGCGCCCUCCACAGGCAGUCCUACGUCUCUGCGGCGCGGUGCGUGGCGGCUCUGGCCUCGGCCUCUUCCAAAGACUCACCUGCGACGGUGGCCGGUCUCAUCCAGCAGGUGAAGAAUCCCGGCGCUCCGGAGUCGGCCCGUGUCCUGGCUCUGCUGAGUCUGGGGGAGGUGGGGAGGAACGGCAGUCUCGGAGGAAGUAAGGAGGUCCAGGGAGUUAUCCUGGAGGCUUUCUCCUCCCCCAGUGAGGAGGUGAAGACGGCGGCCUCCUGCGCUCUAGGCGGCAUGGCGGUUGGCAGCCUCAGCGACUUCCUGCCCUUCGUGUUGAAGGAGAUCUCAGCUCAGCCGCGGAGGCAGUACCUCCUGCUGCACUCCCUCAAAGACGUCAUCAGUGGCAGUCCAGCCUGUAGUCUCUCGCCCCAUGUGGAGUCCAUCUGGUCCCUGCUGUUCCAGCACUGCGAGUGUCAGGAGGAGGGAACCAGGAACCUGGUGGCCGAAUGCUUGGGAAAACUGACUUUGGUCGAGCCGGUGGCCCUUCUGCCCAGACUGAAGCAGCAGCUCCGAGCUGGUUCCCCUGUGGCUCGCAGCACCGUGGUGACAGCCAUCAAGUUCACCAUCGUUGACCAUCCUGCUCCCAUAGACUCCCUGCUGAGAGACUGCAUCGGGGACUUCCUUAAGAGCCUGCAGGACGAUGACAUCACAGUUCGCCGUGUCGCCUUGGUGAUGUUCAACUCUGCAGCUCAUAACAAACCGUCUCUGAUCCGAGGCCUGCUGGGAACGGUCCUGCCGCACCUCUACAGGGAGACCCAGAUCAGGAAGGACCUGAUCAGAGAGGUGGAGAUGGGUCCUUUCAAGCACACGGUGGAUGAGGGUCUGGACGUGCGUAAGGCGGCGUUCGAGUGCAUGUACACUCUGCUGGACAGCUGCCUGGAGGGGCUGGACGUCCUGCAGUUCCUGGAUCACGUGGAGGAGGGUCUGAAAGACCACUAUGACAUCCGAAUGCUGACCUUCUUGAUGCUGGCCAGACUGGCCUCCUUGUGUCCUGCUGCCGUCCUCCAGAGGCUGGACCGGCUGGUGGAACCGCUGAAGGCCACUUGCACCACCAAAGUGAAGGCCGGCUCUGUCAAGCAGGAGUUCGAGAAGCAGGAGGAGCUGCGGCGCUCCGCCAUGCGUGCUGUCGCCGCCCUGCUGGCCGUUCCAGAAGUGGAGCGCAGCCCCAGCAUGGCUGACUUCGCCGAGCAGAUCCGAUCCAAUGCAGAUAUGGCCUCCAUGUACCAGAGCGUGCAGGGAGGGGAUCGCGGGGGGGCGGCAGAGAGCAUGGAUCUGAGCUGAGCGGUUUUUCUGAGUGAAUCGGGGCUGCAGCUUCGAUGAACUGCUUCCUGCUGCAAAUGUUUUGUUAUUUUUGUUCAAAAAAUCUAUUAAAAGUGCUGUGUUUGUUUGGA